AGGCAAAACGCCAGGCCUUGAAGAAAGAAGAGCUUUGCCUAAGCAGUACUUGCCUUAGGUCAUCCUCCAUGGUGUCCUGUCCAUCUCCUGCAGACUGAGAGGGAACGCUUUUCCGUGGAAAAUGGAUGGUGCCAUCAAAGAGCUGCAGAGCCUACUGAGAGCUCUAUUUGCAGCUUCUUCAUUGAAGAAAUAGCUGCAUUCUCGUGUGAAGCAUGGAUGGUCAAGAAAACGGCGAUCCCUCCAGCUUGCAGGAGGCGUCUUCAGAACCGCAUUCUCAACUCUCAUCUUUGCAAUAUGGAGAAGAGAAAUGUGUCUGAGCUGGAGAGAAUGUGGGAUGAUGCUACUGGAUAAGGAGUGAAGUAAUUGUGGUCAGGACUAGGUAUGAAAUGCCCAGGAAUCCACUUUUGGAAACAGGUUUUAAUUAGCAGCCAGGACUCGAUGUUGGAACAACCACAGGCUGACUCUUGGAUGCCUCACAGCAACCUGCACAUCAGUGGAAAGAAUGACAGAAAAACAUCUGUGGAUGGACAAGCCCUGCAGAAAAUACUAGCUCAAUCUCUUUGAAAAUGUUUGAGAUGGAAUUUUUGUCGAGGACUCAAGUAUUGAUGUCAGACUUGAGCUGCAGAUUUCCUCUCUGUAACAGUGCAAUAAGGAAUUGUCUGUGGUUAUAACAACAGGAGACUGAGUGACUCUGCGUUACCGUAGGAAGCUACACCCGUUCAAUCCCUACCGAGUAUUUUUGCUUCUCAAACCUGCUUUACUUCAGUCCUCUCCAGUACAGCACUUAAGCACCUGUGAAUGGCUGCGGAGGGGUUUAACCAGAUGUUAAAGGUUUGAACGCAGGCAGCCAGACGAGGUGUGUGGAGUAAAUUACAGCGGGAUAGGAUUAUCGGAAGGUACUCGCUUCACUGUGCGGUGACUCAGUGCUGCCUGUGCAGAGCGUCGCCUUUUGGCUGAGUUUUGUGCCAGUGACAACGAGAGGGAGAUGCACUUAGGUUCCACUUGUGGGUACUUCGUGUUUGAAAACCUAUCCUUUCAUGUGAGAACAUCAUAUGAGGAACUUCAGGCCUGAUUUACAGAGUCAUUUACUUGCUGAACAUGCUGACUGGUGCCUGCUAGCAUUAUACAAAAGCAGUGAGUGGAGGGCACUCAGUGUAUCACAAACUCCAACGUUAGCACCAACAAGCUCCGAAGCAUCAUCACUCUCUGGAAAGCCUUCGGAAUUAGACAAGAGCUGCCUCUCAGCACAGCUACAAAACACUUCAAACCUGACCAGCUAAAUGGAUAAACCGAGCCUGCAUAGCCUUUCAACUGGGGUCUAAGAGAGCGCGGGAGGCCCCCCCGGCUUCGGGACCUGGGAAGCUGAGGAUGGAUUGCUGUGUCUGGGAAUGGCAAAAGGCAGCAGAAUGAGAAACGCUAGGUACCGGGCAAGGUUUUCUAUUUCUUCCAGAGAAGUUGGUUUUUACCUUCGUGAUCUGCUAUAGUUUUUGACUUGCUGAUUGCCACUUAAUGCUGAUGACUUACACAAUGGCUCUCAGAGCUUAGAGUCCCUCCCUACCCCCUCACUCCCCCCCAUCCUUCGUCCUGUCUUCCCCACCCCCAACCCCUUCCCUACCCUUUCCUGUUAUCAUCCCCAAAAUUCUUGCUUGUCCUCUCUAGGGAACUUUGUGGGGGUUACUGGCAUGCACGCUGGCUGGCGGUGAUGUGAGUGGCAACCGUGCUGUGACAUGAAGAUGCUGAUGGUUUAAAGAAAGAGACCGGUUUUAAAGCGAGAGAGGCAGAGGGAAAGCAAAAAGAGGGAAGAGAGCGAAGAAAACAGCUGGAGAAAGGCGAAGGAGGACGUUUUUUGAUGACAAAAGGAUGGGUUUCCAUUUAAUUAAGCAGCUGAGAGGCAUGAGUGUGGUGAUAGUGCUGCUUCCUAUGGUGCUGUUUGUUCUGCUCGCGGGGGCUCAGCGAGCCUGCCCCAAGAACUGCAGAUGCGAUGGCAAGAUUGUGUACUGCGAAUCUCAUGCAUUCAGAGACAUCCCUCAGAAUAUUUCUGGAGGGUCUCAAGGCUUAUCGUUACGGUACAACAGCAUUCAGAAGCUUAAAUCAAAUCAGUUUGCGGGCCUGAAUCAGCUCAUAUGGCUUUAUCUUGACCAUAAUUACAUCAGCUCUGUGGAUGAGGAUGCAUUUCAGGGGAUCCGCAGGCUGAAGGAAUUAAUUCUAAGCUCCAACAAAAUUACCCAUCUGCACAACAAAACGUUUCACCCAGUCCCCAACCUCCGCAAUCUGGACCUCUCUUACAACAAGUUGCAGGUGUUGCAGUCGGAGCAGUUCAAGGGCCUUCGUAAACUCUUGAUCUUGCAUUUGCGGUCUAACUCGCUGAAAACCGUGCCGAUCCGAGUUUUCCAGGACUGCCGAAACCUUGACUUUCUGGAUUUGGGCUACAACCGCCUGCGGAGCUUAUCCCGUAAUGCUUUCGCUGGCCUUUUGAAGUUGACAGAGCUCCACUUGGAGCAUAACCAGUUUUCUAAGAUCAAUUUUGCCCACUUUCCACGCCUCUUCAACCUUCGCUCAAUUUAUUUGCAGUGGAAUAGGAUCCGGUCUAUUAGCCAAGGGUUAACGUGGACUUGGAGUUCUUUGCACAACUUGGAUUUAUCAGGAAAUGACAUUGCAGGGAUAGAGCCUGGGACCUUCCAGUGCCUUCCCAACCUGCAAAAGCUGAACCUGGAUUCCAACAAACUCACCAACAUCUCUCAGGAGACCAUCAAUACAUGGAUCUCGCUCAUCUCCAUCACUCUGUCUGGAAAUAUGUGGGAAUGUACUCGAAGCAUUUGCCCCCUGUUUACUUGGCUUAAGAAUUUCAAGGGAAAUAAAGAAAGCACUAUGAUAUGCGCAGGCCCUAAACAUAUCCAGGGUGAAAAAGUGAGCGAUGCUGUGGAAACAUAUAAUAUCUGUGCUGAGAUCCAGGUGGUGGUCACUGAAAGAUCAUACCAGGCACCUAAAACCCCCCAGAGACCUGUCUUCAUUCCUAAACCUACGAUUGCCAAACUUGAAAGCAAUCAGCCGUCGUCUGUUAUGCCAAGCCCUUCUGCAGAGCUCCCAACCCCCGGAGUGGAACCCGAAUAUGAGCAUGUUUCCUUUCACAAAAUAAUCGCCGGGAGUGUGGCCCUCUUUCUUUCCGUGGCCAUGAUUCUGUUGGUUAUCUACGUGUCGUGGAAGCGCUACCCAGCCAGCAUGAAACAGCUCCAGCAGCACUCUCUCAUGAAGAGGCGCAGGAAAAAGGCCCGAGAGUCUGAAAGGCAAAUGAACUCCCCUUUACAGGAGUAUUACGUGGACUACAAGCCAACAAACUCUGAGACCAUGGAUGUAUCGGUCAAUGGAUCUGGGCCCUGCACGUAUACCAUCUCUGGCUCCAGGGAAUGCGAGGAUCUGCCAGGCAGUGGGGACAUUUUACACAAAGGCUUUGAACUCUCUGCUCCGGUUUUUCUUCAUCCGUCAAAGGUUCCUCACCACAUGAAGACUUUACCCUAUUACAGUUACGACCAACCAGUGAUCGGAUACUGCCAAGCUCAUAAGCCUCUCCAUGUAAAUAAGGGGUACGAUACCAUGUCCCGGGAGCAGGCUGAGACAACCAACCUGGAACUCAGUCGAGACCACAGCUUCAUAGCUACAAUUGCGCGUUCGGCUGCUCCAGCCAUUUACAUUGAAAGAAUACCAAACUAACGAUGGAGACAACUUCUUCAGGGGGCGGAGUGGGGAGUUCUUUUGAGGGACCUUUCAUCUCGGAAGAGAGCAGGGCAAGAAACUAAAACCUACCAUUCCAGUUCCAAAUGUUCCAACACGGACAAAGGGAAGGGGAUCGAGCAAACUCCGCAGACUGUGGAAAUGCUGUCUUGCAGUACACACUGAGAACUUCAGGAUUUUCCUUGCUUUAAACUUUCAAACAAAUUCCUCAAUGUAAAUAUUAAAGAGAGAUUGUCAAGUUCUUAUUAAAAAAAAACAAAACAAAAAAUAGAUUUCACUCUAGCUACAUAAAGGGAUGGAUUAAGAGUUUUGUUUGUAUAUUUGAUUUUUCUACAUUGCACGGUUCCAGGGAAGGAGAACCACAGUGGUCAAGCGCUAAUAUUUCCAACUUCAGACAUGGGCAUUAAAGCUUAUGUUGAACCAAAAGGACAUUGGCAAUUGAUGCAGCAGAAACAAAGAAACUUGGGUGCAUGUACAUUUAAGACACAGGCUGUACACUAUGGAGGGUGCUUUUGAUUUUUACUAUCUUCAUUGUGCUUCAUUAUUGACACUACAAUUACUUUUCGGGCUCUAAAAAGGGGAAAAACAUACCAUGGAGUAACGACUCUCGUAUUUACAGUCCAGCAGUGCUUGUUAAGCAAAAUUAAUGGACGUUUGGGAACCAAAAUGGAAGUGAUAUGCUUGAAAUGGAUCAGAAGGAAAAUCUUUUAAAGCAAGAGUAUUUGGUGAAACUCACUGGCUGACACAAUUUCUAAAACACAGGAGAAUGUGUAACAUUGGUUUUUUGGUUUUUUAAUUAAUUAUUAUGAUCAGUUAGUUUUUGUGUAGUUUUUAUCAAUAAAAUGACAACAACAACAACAACAACAAAAAAAAAGUGGUGGAAAAAAAUAAACAUAUUAUUUUGUGGUUGGGACACCACAGCCAAGCUA